AUGUGCGACUUGGGAGCCUUCAUUAACGUGAUGCCUCUAUCCGUGUACAAUACUCUUUCAGCCGACCCAUUGAAGGAAACGAAGGUCACUAUUCAAUUGGCAGAUCGUUCAAUUAUUUACCCGGAGGGAGUCUUGGAGAAUGUCUUGGUAAAGGUAAACGAAUUAAUCUUUCCGGUCGAUUUCUAUGUAAUUGACAUGGAAAAUGACCGCUCAAACACUUCAUCCGAAAUUCUCCUUGGGCGACCUUUUCUUAGCACUGCCAACACUAAAAUCGAUGUUCGAAGUGGAAUCCUCACAAUGGAGUUCGAUGGUGAGGUCGUUAAAUUUAAUGUUUACAAAGCGAUGCGGUAUCCUGAUGAUGUUCAAGGCAUUAAUUUUGUUGAUAUAAUUGAGUCUGCGAUUGAUGAGUUUGUUGAGACUAAUUUUGUUAAUAAAAUUUGCAGGAAAUUUGAUGAUUUCGAUGAUGAAUUCAGGGAGUUGAAACAAACUUUCUCUAUUGAUUCCAUUAAUUCUAACAAAAUCACUACACCUUCAAAAACUAAAUUAUUACCUUCGGUUUUGCAGGCUCCUCGGAUUGAACUAAAGGAAUUACCGGAUCACUUGAAGUACAUUUUUUUGGGAAACGAUGAUACGUUGCCGGUUAUUGUGUCGAACAAGAUAAGUAAAGAUGAGGAAAAUGACCUUGUGGAAAUACUACGUGCACAAAAGAAGCCAUUGGGUGGACAAUUGCCGACAUCAAAGGGUUAA